GGAAAACAACAGUUGAUAAGGCGCCCACCUCCAGCUAAUCAAUGACGUAUGACAACGAAACCAAUGUUUUAAUGUGGGCGCUUGUGGACACUUAUUGAUCCCGUGAGCGCGUGGGCCCUAAGUGGCGUACGUUGGCCAGAAAAAUAAUCGUAUCAUGACAACGUGCGGAGUAUGCAUUUUUCCUUACAACUGAGUCACAGAAAAAGGCAAGCAAGGAACGAUUCAUUCCAUGUGGUUUGCCUACUCUGGGGACCAAGUCACAACACGGUCUAGUCAUAACCCUUUGUGUAUAUAAAGUUGGAAGAUAUUCAUAUUUUAUCGUCCCUAAUGACACGAGGGCUCGUCAAAAGUUAUGAAAUGUGGAAUUCAGAUGACAAGCUGGACCAUGUUGUCAUUGUAUGGAAGGAGUGACGACUAUUAUCAAUCCAAGCUUUCUGCAGUGGCCGCACCAUUUGACCUCAACAGUCUUUCUGCCUCCGAAUCCAUCCCCAUCCCUAUGCAUAUUUUCAAGGGACCGUUGGCAUCCAUCUUUAACUGAAUUACCUCCUGCAGACUAUGACACAGAUAAGCCGGUCAAGCAUGAUUCCCGGACCCCUGGAGAUAGUCUGGUCCAUGAGGCCAAAGUUUUCGAAAUCCUCAAGCGGCACCCUCACCCUAACAUUUGCGUUUACCAUGGAUGUGUUCGUGACGGUGAUCACAUCACCGCCAUAUGUUUGAAAAAUUAUAGGACGUGACCUUAUGGAAGCAGUUUGGGAAAGAGAUCCCACCCUGAACCCUGCCGCGAUUCUCGAUGGUAUUUCGAAAGGGCUCCAUUUCCUGCAUGAGACACUCGGUCCUGUGCACAGCGAUAUCAACCCCGCUAACAUUAUGCUUGACGACGCGGGAGAUCCUGUAAUAAUUGAUUUUGACUCAUGCAUACCGAUUGGGGAGAAAUGUUAGGGUUGCCUGGCGAAACGGGGACAUUUGGCUGGACAAUGGAGUCAAUGCCGAUCAUCUCUCUUCCGGAAAAUGAUUUG